AUGCCCCGAGACGGUGCGCCGUCCGCCAGCGCUCGGAAAGCAGCCUUUGAGCGGGGACGAGAGGCCUACGCAGCGCAACGCUAUAAGAACUGUGUCGUGUUCUUCAGCCAGGUCAUCAACUCGUGUCCAUGUGCUGAGGACGCUGGUGACCGUUCGCGUGCCAAAUGCAUCUGCAAGAACUAUGAUGACGGCCCCGUGCAGGGUCAGGCGUACGGGCUCGUCGAGGAGAUCAUGCGACCGUGCAAGCUUGAAGCCUACCUCCGGUUCGGCAAGGUGGCGCGGCGGCAGGGCAACCACAUGCUUGCCUGGCAGGUCUACUGUGCUGGUGUACAGAUAGGUCGGAGGGCGGGCAUGGCGAACGAUGACCGGUUCAAGCGGUGGUUUCGGUACUUGUCCGGUCAGGCCAAAUUAUGGAGAGUCCUGCGGUUUGAACCCAAGGGCCGAUCCAUUGCUGGCCUGAACUCAGUGCGUCGGAUGGUGAAGUACAGCGGCAACGAUAUCCGAUCUUUGACCAUCACCAACACCAACAAGUUCAAGUUCGAAGACAAGUUCCCCGCGCUCCUCAACGGCUCGCGUAAGAUGACCCAUCUAGAUCUAGAGGGCUCGCCGGUGAACGGCGGCAGUAGCCUCUCGCGCGAGAGCUGGCCGCUCUCGAACCUUGAAACCCUCAAUUUAAAGUCUCACAUGUUCCAAAGGCAUAGUGCAUCUGGACCUAGCGACACCAACCGCCUCCUCGUAGAUAUCCUUACGCGCAACGUCGAUAACCUACAAAGUGUAUGCAUCACCUCGGAUCACGUCAACUUUGGCCCGUCGUGGCCGCGCAUGGCGAAUCUGAAAUCCCUCAAGAUCGUUGAAACGAUCAAGGUCACCAUUGCCCGUAAUACCGUGGGUGCCCGCCAUGCGCAGCUCGUCGAGCUCGCUGUUUUGUGGGACAAGACGCCCAAGCUAGAGCAGCUCUGGCUCGAUGUAACCCACUGCCUCUUGCGGCCAAUCGCCGUGGAUGACCCGGCCCCUCUCCCAGCUCUUCCAUGGCCCAGCCUCCGAUCCCUGGUCGUCGGCCCUGACGUCUACUGGCCCUUUGUCGGGGGCCGAGGGAGCCUUGUCCAGGAUCCAGCACAUGUACCUCCCCUAUUCUACGGCGACAACUCGAACCCGCUAGUGGCUGGAAUCGAGUGUAUCCGACAGGGAGCGGAGCAGGCCGCUUCCUCGGGAACCCUCCGCACUCUAGCGACCAGAGUCUCCAUGAAGACCCAAAACCGCGAUUACCUGGGCCAGUUCAGUUGGCUCAAGGGCACGAGCAUCAAAGACCUCGCUGCCCUGGUCGCGUCCUUCCCCAGCCUCGAAGUCCUCGAGGUCACCCACGACGAAGAUGAGAUAUACACAAUCGGUGCCAUCAUCGAAGGCGCAGUACAGCUAGGAAGCUCCGUCAAGGUCAUCUAUCAGGACAGAAUCAUUGGGGCCCCCUACGAUAGCCUGAGGAACUACCUCACGGAGAGGUCGGUGGAGCUGCGGUAUGGCCGGCUCCCUCUCCCCGAGUUUCCGUUGAGACUAGAGGAGUUGUAA